AUGGACUUCAAGAUACCAGACUUGCGGUUUGAGCAGACCUUCAUCAAGCAAUUGAACUCGUACGCAGGCAGAGACACGCAAGACGUUGCCACCCUCAGCGAAGAAGAACUCAAACUCGUGAAUAGUGAUCUCGAUAAGAAGGAGAUAGAAGCCAGAGAUUCGCUCACGCCACUCGAGCCUAUUACCCCCUCGAUAGUGAUAUAUGCUAUUAUCAAGGACCAGAUACUCAUGCCGUUGCUCCAGGGCUUUUUGUGGAGUGGAUUUUUGUUAUCGGUCAGUCCGAUUCUUGCAGGGGUGGUUGCCCAUGGUCAACGAACAGGCACUUGGGUGGCCAAUCUCGUGGGAUUGAAUAGAUUG